AGAUCCAUUUGAUUUCUGGGGAUUCAUACCGUUUCCUUGAAGUUAGGGGUAAUAAGGGGAGAGACUGCAAUCAGGUUAGUACAAAUAAAAUGAGUAAAACAGAGUAUGGUUAAACCUGAAUUGAAUUUCUGUUGUUUUGUUCGCUGACGAAGGCUUUCUGCCGACACGUUCGCUGUUUUGUUGCGUUUAAUUUUUCAGGUUUAACCAUACUCUGUUUUACUCAUUUUAUUCCUUGAAGUUAGAAGCCGUUAUCAGUAAACGCUUUACACAAACCCUUCAUUUUUUAUUAGGCUGUGCUUUAUUUGUACUGUAUUCUUAGUAUUUUAAGUUUACAUAGUGUUUACAGAAGAUUCUAUAAUAUCGGUAUCGUCACUAAACAGUUAUCUGAAUGUAGGCUAUUGCCGUUUACUGUCAUGUGAAGAGUAAACAACGUAUCCAGGGUACGUCUUAAACUAAGGUAGGACUAAAGUUUUAGUAUUAGUCGUGGCGUAACUUGGCAAGGACUGAACUGAAAAGGUGUGGGGCGGGCUUGGGACAAGUGGUUUUUCUACGGGUAGCGACAUUUACUUCCAGGCAAUUUACAGUCAGUGACAACUUCGAACUCUGUUAAUUUUAUAAUUUAAUUUGAGCCCUACGACUACACGUGUUCCUGCAAAGCCGCCCAAGCAGUGUCAGUUCUUUUUCUCCUGUGCCAAAUAGAAAAUCGAAUGGUUUUAAGGUUCAAGGCAGUUCAAGCGGGUGUACUGUCAAAUAAUAUUCCCCAGAUUUUUUAAAACCCGUCGUUUAAAAAGAUUAAAAAUCAGUCUUCAUUUUCAGUUUUUAAUGACGCCCGUUUCCCCACCGACCUUUAAGGUCAGGCCCUUUGAUUUGAAAUACUAGGCUACUGCGGUUACACUCCCACCCACUUAUCAUUCAUUCUGUCAUAAAAAGAUAAAGCAGUUAUUUAUGGAAGCUUGACGAUGGUUAUAUAAUUACGUAUUUGCCGUGACAGCUAGAUCUACAUUUCUGUCACAACCAUAGAUUCUUGUUUCCUUAACGUGAUCUAUUUCAACCUAAACAAUUCAGUUAUCGAAAUGAUCGAACACUUGAAAUUUUGUUCUUUGAAUUUAUUCUAAAAAUACAUCUGACUGUAUUUAAAUUAAAUUUGAAUAUACAUCUGACAGUAUUUAAAUUUAUUCGCGUUUUUUGUCAGAUCCUUUUCAACACAUUGCAGCUUUAAAAAAAAAAUUGGUAAUAGAAUUUUGUUUUAUAUUUUUAAACAUGCAUUUAAAAAAAAUGUCACUGAGAUAGAACAAAUUGAUUUUGAAAUAUUACACAUCCUAUCAUCUAAAUCUAAGCAUAAGCUUAUUUGAAAAGGACCUCAUAUCAUUAAUGAAUGGGCGCUCAAAUUUUAACCAACAACUAUUAUCAAGGGUAAAAAAAAUUUCCACAUUAUCUAAAAGUAGGCCAGAUUUUUUUUCAAUAUAAAAAAUGGGCUAAAAAAACCUGAACAUUCCAUGACUCCAUUGUGACCAGGUUUCCUGUAUUUUCCACUAAUGACCCCCCCCCCUCCCCCCCCCCCCCCGCAAAAACAAAAAAAAAAAAAAAAAAGCAAUGCUUGUUUAAUAUUGGGAUAGUUGACAAAAUUUGUUUCUAAUUUAAACCAGUGGCACUAGUCGAUUCAGGUGACAAACAAAAAAUGGUCACUUUAAACUCUAUUGGAGGCCACUUGAUUAUUUUAGAUAAAGAUAUUACAGCGUUGUAACACGAUGAAUAAUGCAUAAAGGUAAUAUUAUUAACAAAAAGCCCCCUUUCUUUCCUAUUUGUUUAUAUUGCAUGUACUUUUUUCAAAAUUCUUAUAAAUGAUAUAUUAACUUUUUUUUUUCUUAGAAAGAAAAAUACAGUUCAGAUCGGGAUGAAGAAGAGCUAUCAAAUACUUGAUGAACUAUUGAUUAUCAAAAAAGUUGCGGAACCCAGUACAAAAUAAAGAAUCUAACCGUCUGCAGAUGAAAGGCACCAUGCAGAAACCAAAGAGUAUCAUAAUCUAACCACCCUAUCUUCGAAAGGUGCCCAAUGAUUAAAAAUGAGCGCCCCGGGGGAAGCUCCAGUCUUCAACGACGCUUACCUGUAUAAAGCGGUCACUUCCGGCACGCCCAGAGACUUCCUCGAUGUAAUCAGGUUGGCUAAUUACCGCAUCGACUCGUUCUCCCCGUGCGCCGUCAACUGCAGCUUAAUCCAAGCCUGUCACAAAGGCCAGAAACAUUUCAUCCAGUACCUUCUUCAAGACGGUUCUCGCCUGGAGAUCAGAGACGACCACGGCAACACUCCACUGUUGAUCUGCUCGGAGAAAGGCUUGGUGGACAUUGUCGACAUCCUGCUCACCAUGGGCGCUAACGUCAAUGCGUUCAACAUGAGAGGCGAGUCCGCGCUGAUGCUGUCCAUUAAAUCCAGUGGAUGCAGGGAGACAACUCGCAUGCUGCUCAACCGGAAGGACCUAAACAUUGACCAACAAGACUUUGAAGGCUGCACGUCAUUGAUGAGAGCUUUGGAGCAUCUCGACCUGGAAGCAGCUGUUCUGCUGAUAAACAUGGGUGCGUGUCACAGUGUUCAGCGAACCGGUCAUUAUUUAGUCAAUUACAAAGGAGAGACUAUGCAACAGGUGGCGGAUAGAUUGGGAAUCGGGAAAGUAUUCCAGCAUUUAACCUGCCAAAAAGAAUUCGGUGUCUCCCCUCUGAUAUCGGCAGCCUUAAAUAGGGAUUUAGAGUCAUUUAAUUUUAUGCAACGCUGCAACGUUGCUUUGAUACAGGAAGCGGCCUUCGCCGAGAAAGGAGUCUUAACAAGGAUGUUAUCAUCAAUAUUUGAGAUGCAAAGGGGAGUCAGUGAGACUGAACAUUUUCUCAUUCAAAAGUUAUUGGAAAUGGGGAUCAAUGUAAAUGACUUCAGUAAAGUGGAAGGGUCUCCGAUCUUCUUAGCAGUUCAAAUUGGUGACUACAGAUUGGUAGAAUUAAUAUGCACAUUUAAACCGUUGAUUCCUCAUGAUGUGUUGGUGAGUGUCGUCAAAAGGCAGAGUCCUGAGCUGAUACCAUUGCUCGUGUGUCACGGGGCUGAGAUCAACAAACGUGACGAAGACAGUGAUGCUUUAUACGGCGGCUCUGCUCUGAACACCGCAUUCCAGAUAGGAGAUAUUGGCUGCGUCAACAUGCUGUUAUAUCACGGUGCCUACUUCAGAGUGGAUCUUGCAUUAUCCGAAGCAGUUGACAAUCAAAACAAGAGAUCGCUGAGAUAUCUGGUCGAUCAUUGCGCAGAGGAAGUACGAAAUCUGAUUGCGAACCAAAGACCAGACAUUUUUCAUACAGCUGUGAUAAUUGGCGACAUGGGUGUUCUCAAGAUUUUAACCGAAGCUGGGGUGGAUGUUGAUUGCAUACACGACACAAAAACACCACUGAUGAACGCCGUAGACCUCAAUACCAUAAAAUAUCUCCUGAAAAACAGGGCAGACGUAAAUAGGUCCACAGGUAACACAGCAUUACUCAAUGCCGUCUCUGAAACUUACUUGAAAUCAGUGUCCGAAAAUCACAAAAUCACUGAAGAAAAGUGCUUCCAAUAUAUUGAAAAAAUUAUAAAGACGCUCUUAGACAGCGGUGCCGAUGUCAAGAGCGUUGACCAUGAAGGCAAGACUGCUUUGCUUCAUGCCGCCAGAAUCAGUGGAGCGGGGAGUAUUUUACAGUGUUUACUGGCCAGUGGUUCUAAAGUUAAUCACGUCGAUAGCGACAAAAAUUCAGCGUUGUACAUAGCAGUUGCCGAGGACCGUUUUGAAAAUGCGACGUUGUUGAUAAAAUCAGGCGCUGUUGUAAAUCAGAGGUGUCGAUCCGAUCGCACUCCAUUGCACAAAGCUGUAAAGAUAUCCGAAGCUAUGGUUAGACUUCUUUUAGAAAAUAACGCGAACGUAGAAGCUAUAGAGAAGAACGGCAACACGCCAUUGCUGAAGUCGAUAGGAGACGAUGACGAUUCCGAAGUUAUAGUUGAUCUGUUAAUCCAAGCUGGUGCCAAAGUCAAUCACCAAAACAAGGUCGGGGAGUCAGCACUUAUGAAAGCAGCUGGCAGUGUGUUUAGUUCAGAUUCUGUUAAAUUACUUCUUCGAGCUCAUGCCAAUGUGAAUAGCGUCACCACGGACAUGGCACGCCCUAAAACUGCCUUAUCCGCAGUCCUGAACAAAUGGCAUCAUUCUGAUCUCAGUCAGUCGUUGGCGAUGGAUUUACUGGAUCAUGGAGCUACCAUCCAACAUUUAGUGCCUGGGGUCAUCCAUCGGCUAAUUGCAGUUAACGGCGUAACCUUAGUGAAGAAACUUAUAUCUCAAGGGCUGGGACCAGGUGAAUUACAUUUGACCAAUCUACCCGUUGAGUGGCCUGACGCUAUGCCCGUCUCUUCUUUGGCGAUAGCUUUGGUGACGGAUAAUGUCCCCAUGGCACGUCACUUUAUUGAUACCUGGUACUUGACAAGUGGGGACUUAUCUAUACUUUCCGGAAACCCACAGAUCCUUCACUAUGUCGAAGACGUUUGUGAGGACUCCUGCGCCUUGCUGAAAGAUAAAGUGUCACAACCGCUCUCACUUGUGACUUUGGCAUUUGUACACGUUUCAUCAGCCAUCGGCUGUGGUGCAGACAGAGGGGAGAGAGUCAAGAAGACUCAGCUUCCAUUUCUGCUACAAGAAAGACUUUUGUUUCAUAAUAACGAGGAAGCUAAUUCUAUGCCAUCUGAGGAUUACUCUUAUUACGAGAAUGACCAUCUCCUACACGUCUUAGCCAAAACAACAGACUCAAAUGAAAAGGAUUUUUAUAAUUUUGAUGAAACGUUUAAGAAAUUCAUCUACAAAUCGGCGACAGGAACAUUAUUCGAUGAAAGUGAUGAUAGCAGUGAUUGAGACAAAGAACUUGACACGUCUGACACGCGUGGCUGGAAAAUAACAUGAGCGUCAUUGUAAAAUAAAUUGUUUCUGCACUUAAAGAAAUACAAUUUUAAAAAAGUGCUAAAUCCGUAAUUUGACAAAAAAUGCCAUUUUAAAACAAUGGAGUUCAUUGUUAUUUGACUAAUGAAGUUAUAGUUGUAAAAUUAAUUUUGUAACGCAAAAAAUAGUUUUCUGUGUACAGUUGCUAAAAUAUAUUUUAAUUUUACGACGACGCUCUUCUAACUUUGCUUUUGAAGUUGAACAUAAUACUUGAUUUUAACAUGUCCACUAUUUUUGUGGCUGACUAUAAUCUCCAGUGUCGGAGCAAUAUUUUGGGGUAUGUUUUAAAUUUAUUUUUUAAUAGUUGAAACCGGUUGAAAAUGGAGUUACCAUGUCAACUGACUACCAGAGUUAUUACACGUUAAAAAUCGCAUUAUAUAAUUGGUCAUUGUCACGGAAUAAUAUAAACUAUGAGGUCAUGUAAUGUUUAAACUAUUAUUUCAUGUAAUGUAUAAACUAUGAAAAAAGUCUGACAAUAAGUCCCAGCAUAAUUCUGCCCACCCACCCCUCCAUUUACCUUCUGUAAAAAAAUAGUUCGAUUGUUCUCAAGUCACUAUGGCUUAUAAAAAAGCGGAUAUUCGACGACACGAGAUGGGUGCUUAUUCUUCAUUUGAAAACUGAUGUCUUUAUAAACUGUCUGUACAUUUUUAAAGAUAAAAAAUGUUAAGUUAAAUAUAAAAGUUGUGCUAUAAAUAGAUGUACAUAAAGUUAUUAAAACAAUUGCAA